GCGGUAGAUGGUGACAGGCACUCAUCGCGGUGCAGUUGCUCUUAGAGAACUCAUCAGCUUCCGAAUUCCAAAUUACGAACCGAAAAAGAUCGAUCCGCCGGCAAAAACGAUCAACCGCAAAACGAUCGAUCAUCAAUUUCGGAUUGAGUUUCGUUCAAGUGCGAUCGUUGUGAAAACUUUGUGUGAAAAAAUUUUCGUUUUAUUCUUAUUAUUUCCGAAACCGAACACUCCAAAAUGACAGGUCUAUUCUCGAGCUCCGACGACGAGACCACGCUGGAUCGUUCUAACUCGCAGCAACAACAGCAGCAGACACCACCGGCCAGCAGCAUCAGGCGGUUCCUGAAGCUGUUGAUCGAGGCGAUCCGAAAAUCUCCCCCCAAAGAAAACGGCGUCUCGAUUGUACAGAUCAAAAAGUACCUCAGAGCCAACCAUCGGGUGAUGAAGAAGGAGAUGACGGAAAUACUGAAACCGACCAUGGAAAAAGCCCUUCGGGACCGCUUGGUGAUCAAGACCAGCGCAAAACAGUCCAUUCUGUCGGGAUCGGUGAAGCUGAACCCGGAUCUGGAGAAAGGGCUAGCGCUUUCGGAUGACAACAACAGCGGUGGAGAAGAGAAGUCAUCGGCGGAGGAGCAGGUUGACGAACAAGCGGCGACCAAUAAUGAUUCCAAUGACCGGAAACGGAAAGCCGAAGACGAACCGGAUCCUUUGCAAACGUACAUCGUCAAAAAGAAGCUCUUUCGCCCGAGAAGAACCUAACCGGGCGGGGGAGUUUGGAAUCGUUGAUUUAUUGAUUUUUGUACAAAAAUUUUGAAGUAACUUAAUGCGUUUUUUUGGGAACCUUUCGACGGGUUCGACAAAUUGUAAAAUUCUACCAAUUUUGCCGGACAAAAAUGUGUAGAAAUUUGUUCUGUUCUCAAUUGUCAAAAAAUUGUAUCUUGAGUGUUCUCGUAUCAUAAAGAUACCGAAGAACUGUUAAUAGGUAUAAUAUGUUGAUAGAAAACAUUGAUUGUUCGACAAAACAAGAGAAAUCCAGAGUUUCCCCAAAAUUUGAGACAUGUAAUUUUAUGUUGAAUUUGUAGAAUACGUGUAGAUCAUGUAAAGUUUGUAGAGUGUAUAAGGUGCAGAGAAAUUUCAAGAACCAAAUGAAUAAACGUAUCAAGUAACGAGAAAAACGACAGAAUAGCUGGAGAGUAAUAAGAGAUUUCAGUGCGAGAACAAAGGGACCUAACACCUAAUUAAUCUAAACCAAAAUUGUUUUUCAGAAACAUGUAGAAGUCUAAUUUCUGUUUUGAUAAUGUUAAAUUUCAACAGUUCUGUAUUACGUUUAGUAAUUAUACUCAUAGGAUAAGAAGCCAAAUAAAG